AUGACACCCGUUUUCCUUCACACUGUAUCCGCUCCUGAAAUACGCCACAAUACCCUUGAUUUUAUCGAUAUCUGGCGGCUCAAAGCACAGAAAGCGAACGGCCGUCCCUUCCGAGCAGACGAGGACAUCAAUAUAGUGACUUUCGACAUAGUCAAGGCGGUUGCUUUUGGAGAAGGAGACGCCCAGAGCAUGACCCAACUUCAUAUGGGAAUCGUGCAAGAAACCGAAGGUGGAGGGAUAGACGACAUGGAUACAAUUUUUAAGUUUCCCGCCUACCCUCCCAACGACAUCCUUGUCUCGCACAACUUGCACCAAGAAGCCGUUGGUGCCUCCCUCACGUCACCUUCCCCUUCGCUAUACCACAAGAGCAACAAUCGCAGAUUCAAGAUGCAAGAGGCGUACGGUACACGACAUCGGAUGGUUCAGCAGCAGAUCAAAUUAGCUGUUAAGCGUCUGGAAGGAGGGGACACGGUCAAAUCCGCUUUGGACUACACGAUCAAGCGUGAGGUGAACGCUGCCACCAAGACCGGUCGGCAACCCGUUCUAGACUCACCAUAUAUGCAAGAUGAGCUGUACGGAUACAUUGGCGCUGGACACGAGACAACGUCGACGUCUUUCCAGUGGGCCGUCAAGCAUCUAUCUGGCCAUCCUCGGAUCCAACAAAAGCUCAGACAGUCGUUGCGUGCCGCUUACGUCGAUGCUGCGGCGCAACAUCGGCAACCCACGGUCACAGAAAUUACCAAGAUCCAAGUGCCAUACCUGGACGCCGUGAUAGACGAGUCCCUACGCCUUUCAGGGCCAAUCACUGCUGUCGUUCGACAGGCACAAGUGGAGACAACAAUCUUGGGCCACCGGGCGCCCAAGGGCGUUGAGGUUUUAAUCCCCUUGCGUGGUCCGAGCAUAACACAAGCACCAUUCACCAUUGAUGAGUCGCUCAGGAGUGAGAGCUCUCGGUCUCACAGUCACAUCCAUGGCUCCUGGAAUGAUGACCCCGAGGCCUUCAUCCCGGAAAGUUCUAAGUGGUGCGUGUCCAACUAG